AAAAGAAAGCAUCUGCGCUGCUGCACGGGGUGUACCUUAUCCCAUCUUCUUCUCUCCGUCUCUCAUUCCGUUUCCUCUCUCUCUGCAAAUCCCCCAAAAACCACCAUUUCCAAGAAGCUCACUCCGAUCAUCACUACAAAACCAACUCAACAACCGAACCUAUUUCCCCAUUUUCCCCAACAAAGCCCAUCCCAUCACCAGAAUCUAAUUCCAAUCCAAAUUCGUCGACCUCUCCCAGAUGGACGGGAACAACUCCAACACCACCAACCCAUCAGCCAUCAACACCCAACAGCCCCAAGCGUCGCCGUAUCCGGCCACCGGAGCCGGCGUCCCGGCGGCGCCGGUGCCAUUCCACCACCUCCUCCAACAACAGCAGCAGCAGCUCCAGAUGUUCUGGUCGUACCAGCGUCAUGAGAUCGAGCAGGUCAUUGAUUUCAAGAACCACCAGCUGCCUCUCGCUCGCAUCAAGAAGAUCAUGAAGGCCGACGAGGACGUACGGAUGAUAUCGGCCGAGGCACCCAUCUUGUUUGCCAAGGCAUGCGAGCUUUUCAUCCUCGAACUUACUAUCCGUUCGUGGCUUCACGCUGAGGAGAACAAGCGGCGGACCCUUCAGAAGAACGACAUCGCUGCGGCGAUAACCAGGACCGAUAUCUUUGAUUUCUUGGUGGAUAUCGUGCCCAGAGACGAGAUCAAGGACGAGGCUGCGUUAGGUGGGAUGGUUGGGACUACGGCCAGUGGCGUACCUUACUACUAUCCUCCGAUGGGUCAGCCGGCCGGUGCUCCAGGUGGGAUGAUGAUUGGUCGGCCGGCUGUGGACCCGAGUGGGGUGUAUGGGCAGCCUCCGUCCCAGGCGUGGCAGUCAGUGUGGCAGACCGCGGCUGAUGAUGGCUCCUAUGGCAGCGGAGGGAGCAGUGGCCAGGGCAAUCUUGAUGGCCAGAGGUAUCUAAACGACUAAUUUGCAGAUGAUGUGCUGUGUGGUUUGAUGGAAGUCUAUAUUGAGCUAUGCACAGAUUUGCUCUUGAUUCCUUUCAAUUGUAAUUGUCUACCAUUUUUUUUAAUGGGAUGACUUGUUAAUUACUGCUUUGUUGAUUAUUUAAUGUGCAGUCUUUAAGAGUUAGGGCCCUCAUGUUGCUAAUGCUAACUGAGAUGAUUCUGGUCAUAUUUUACCAUCUCUUAUUUUUAAUGAAACCUGGUACAUUCUACUCUGA